AUGGAUCGCGCCCGCGGCGCCGCCCGCCUGCCGCCCGAGGUGAACCGCGUGCUCUACGUGCGCAACCUGCCCUUCAAGACCGAGGAGAUGCUCUCGACGGAGGAGAUCUACGACAUCUUCGGCAAGCGCGUGUACGGCGCGAUCCGCCAGAUCCGCAUCGGCAACCGGCCCGACACAAGGGGCACCGCGUUCGUCGUCUACGAGGACAUCCACGACGCGAAGAACGCCGUGGACCACCUCAGCGGCUUCAACGUCUGCGGCCGCUACCUCAUCGUGCUCUACUACCAGGCCGCGCGCAUGGCCAAGCGCACGGAGAGCCUCGAGCAGAAGCGCGCGGAGCUCGAGGCCCUCAAGCGACGAGCCGCCGCGUAG